UCCCUUUCCUCUGGCGGGGGGGUGUGUACGGGUGUGCAGGAAACGAAAGCAAAAGCCCCGGUGCCCGUGGCUCCGGCUGGCCGGGGGGCUGCGAUGGCGUCGGCGCUGGACGUGUCCAACCUGGCCGAGGACCUGCUCUGCCCCAUCUGCCUGGCCCUGUUCCGGGAGCCCCGCACGCUGGAGUGUGGGCACAGCUUCUGCGCCGCCUGCCUGGAGCCCUGCGCCCCCAGGGGGCAGCGCCGGGGGCUGUGCCCCGAGUGCCGGCGCCCCUUCGCCCUGCGCAGCGCGGCCACCAACUGGGCCCUGGGCCGCCUGGCCGAGAAAGCCCGGCUGCUGCGGCUGGACGAGGGGGCCCAGCCGGGCGGGGGCGGGGGCGGGUGGGCCAUCUGCCUGGAGCACGAGGAGCCCCUCAAACUCUUCUGCAGCCAGGACAAGGGGCCCAUCUGCGUGAUCUGCCGGGACCUGCCCCAGCACCGCGGCCACGUCUUCCUGCCCGUCAAAAACGCCGUCCAGAAAUAUCAGGACAAGCUGAAGGCAUCUCUUGUCCCCCUGAAGGACAAUCUGAACUCGGCCACCCAGGACCAGCGCCACCAGCAGAAGAACAUGGCAGAGCUGGAGAGCUGCACCCAGGACCUCUUGGGCUAUAUCGCCAAGGAGUUUGGGGUUCUCCACCAGAUCCUGCAGGAGAAGGAACAGGGCAUGAAAGAGACCGUGGAGAGGCUGAAGGAGGAGAACCAGGCGGAGAUGGAGGAGAGGCUGAAGGAGCUGGAUGAAGAAGUGACCUUCUGUAACGAGACCCUGUCCAGGGCCCGGGCGGGGCUGGACACCUCCGAUCACAUUGCCUUCCUCAGGGGCAUCAAGGAGCUGAUGAGAAGAGUCCGGGAGGAUCAGUCGAGCCGCGGUGGGGAAGAGGACGGUGCAAGUGACGAAGGGUCCAGCAGCGACGACGAUGAUGGGAUUGAUGAAGAUGAGGAUGUGGCUAAUGGCGAGGAGGAGGAGGAGGAGGGAGAUGAAGAUGAAGAUGAGGAUGUGGCUAAUUGUGAGGAGGAGGAGGAGGAGGAGGGAGAUGAAGAUGAAGAUGAGGAUGUGGCUAAUUGCGAGGAGGAGGAGGAGGGCGAUGAAGAUGACGAUGGGGACAUUGUUGCUGUGGACCCGGCUCUCGAGGAAUUCAAGGACUCGCUGGACUUUGAGGCCUGGCAGGAAAUGCUGGGGACCAUCCAAGCAGCCACUGUCCAUGAUGGGGAGGACACACCUAUCACAUGGAACUGACGACCACCCGGGGUGCCUCUGUGCGGCCGAUCCCAGCCCUCGGAGAGUCCGAUUCAGAGGAAAAGCUGCCAUAUAUUUUGAGGAGGAGAUUUGGUGGAGGGUGAAGGCACCAGGAUCCAGCCUCUCUAGCCUGCCAGUGUGAGGGACACGCCAUGGAAAUGUACCCGGAUUGCCCAGCAGGCAGGACACCGGCAUUUCAUUGCGUGUUGCAGGAGUAGCUGAUUCUAUCGAGUCUUUGGACGAUAUUAACCUGGUUACGAGGACUUUUCAAAGUGGUGUAUCAAAUAAACCAGAGCUCAGAACAGAACCCAGGAGUCCUGGCUCCCAGCCCCCCUGGCUCUAACCACUAGCCCCCACUCCCCUCCCAGAGCUGGGGAU